AACCCCACAGCAUGGAGGAGGGAGCCACAUCAUUCCUUCAUCCCAAGGCAGAGUUGAGGAAGGAGAGCAAGGAGGCUGCUUUGCAUCGGCCUCCAGGAUGAGCGCUGUGUGCCGAGAGAGACGGCCCUUCCUUGGCGUGACUCCAGUGGCCCUUGUUUUGGUGCUGUGCCUUCAUUUGCAAGGCUCUGCCUCCAGAUGUAUUGAUGUGACGCUUGAGCAAGAACUGGAGCCACUGCCUCCAGGUGUGGAGCGGUGUUCGUUGCCGAGUGGGCUCCUCAAACCUGAUGUCUCACGGCUUGGGCAUGAAAGAGACGCCACGGAUGGGGGAGACAGCCGUAUUGUGGGCGGCAGUCCUGCAACAUCUGGGGGGUUUGGAGGAGGAGGAAGCAGUGGAGGCAGCACUUCUCCUACACCCCGACCCACAUCACAGGGCGGCAGACCAUUUCCAUCUGGGAAGCCGGGAAGCAUAUUUGGGAGAAACCCUAAUCCAUUCGGUAGACCAAGAGAACCUGGCCCCUAUGGGAACAGACCGUCUCCGUAUGGCCCUGGUCCUGAGCCAUAUGCAAGUGGCCCCUAUGGGAACUUACCCCCUGGCCUUCAGUACAAUAACCCUCGAAUUCGUCAGCGCCCAGAAUGGAAGGCUCCUGGCAUCCCCUAUAUCCCAUCUGCCAAGGAGUGGGGUGGCGGCCACAUCCCCAUACGUAAAGAGAAUCCCAAUGCACCAUAUGCGGUCCCUUAUGGUGGUGGAGCAGGUUCGUACUCUUCACCUUAUGGGGAUGGUGAUGGGUCCAUGUCAUCAGGGAUGAGGGGCAGAUACGACGGCAGUUACGGCCCCAUUCCUGAAAGCUUGCAACCUGGUGGAGGACAGCGUGGCAUAGACGGCGUGAAUCGUGGUCCCCCUUGCAAUCCAAACUGUUAAGUGGGGAUAGAUUGUCAACAGUUAAUGUCAACCCUAUUGCUUCCAUGGAUCUGUGUUAGUUAAGAGCAGCAAAUGGAUUCAGACUUUGGGCUACAGCUCUCAUAACUCCUGAAUACUAGCCAAGUCAGUUGGGAAUGAUGAUACUGUAGUCCAAUGCCCUAAGCAAUGGCAG